AUGGCAUGUUCUGACAGAAUUCACGAAUCAGUAGUGAAAGAAUUGAUGGAUAUAUUAUCAAUAAACCCAUAUUCUGUGUUUUUACGAUCUUUGGUACAUGUAUCGAACCUUCAAGAUUUCCACAUAGCCCUCAAAUGUGACUUAAAUUUGGACCAGAGAGUAUAUAAUUUGCCGACUUCAUCUGAAAUUGCAGCAAUAUGGACCGAGGAAAAUGAUGGCGUAGCCUUGAAUGCACCACAUAUUCUAAUUUACCCUCGCACUGAUCGAACACAAAUAGUGAAUUACUAUUAUGGCUGUUAUGAUGCAUUGCAAUAUCCGCUAUUAUUUCCGCUAGGGCAAAGUGGCUGGCAUUGUGGUAUUAAGAAGCUCCCAGUAAAUUGUCCUGCGUACUUAAGAACUGCGCAUCACGAAGAGGUACCAAGUAUAAGAAAUGUUACGUCACUUGACGGAUAUCUUGAAAUGGAAGCUAAAAUUCUUAAAAAGGGACAGCGACGAAGAGAUACUGUUUCUGUUCGUGAGUAUUAUUGUUACAAAUUACAAAUGAGAAAUGAUGAUGAAGAUGAAAUAUUGCAUACUGGAAGAAUAUUUCAGCAGUAUUCAGUUGAUGAAUACAUUAAACUCGAAACACAAAGGUUGGAUUUCGCAGCGUUCAAUCAAGAUUUAUUUAGGACGGCUAUGCUAGAAGGACUUCUUGACAUCUUGCGAUUGGGUGAACGCGAUGCUUCUAAUAUCGGAAACAAAAUUUCCUUCCAAGCUCCUUCAUUGGAGGGCCUCGGGAUAUGCGACAACGAUACAUGGAUGCUAUUGCGCUCGUGCAACAUUUCGAUAAAGGAACAUUUAAUUCCAACUGAUGAGUCGCAUAAUAGGCCUGAUUUGAUCAGCUGUGUAGUUAGAGCGAAAAUAGAAGAAUUCAAAAAGGAUAUACUAAAGCGAAAUAUCUUUGGAAAGGUAGCAGCUUUUAUGUACACUGUAGAGUUCCAAAAGCGAGGUUUACCACAUGCUCAUUUUCUUAUAAUAUUAACUAAUGAAUACAAAUUACUUACUCCAGCGGCUUACAAUAAUAUUAUUAGUGCUGAAAUACCUGAUGAGAAUGCAGAACCAGAUUUACAUUCGCUUGUUCUUAAACACAUGAUGCAUGGUCCAUGCGGCAAAUUUGACUGCCAUCUGAAUGUUGAAAUAUGCUCCGAUAUUAAAGUUGUUAAGUAUCUUUAUAAGUAUAUAUGUAAAGGACAUGACAAGAUUGCAUUUUCGGUACAUAAUAACGACACAAACGCAGAAAUAGAUGAAAUAAAGGCUGCUAGAUGGGUGUCGCCUCCCGAGGCUAUGUGGCGCUUAAGCAGCGCAAAUGUAGAUACACUUGUAAAUAAUCCGCUGAUUAAGCAGACAAUGCUAACACAAUUUUUCGAAAUGAAUAGAACAAACGCUGAGGCUAUGGAGCUCAAUCUAUUAUACCAGGAAUUCCCUGAACAUUUUGUUUGGUCUUCAACAGAGAAGAUGUGGACACCUCGGAAACAACGACAUGCUAUUGGUCGUGUUAUAACAUGUCAUCCAACGGAAGGUGAGCGAUAUUAUCUUAGAAUGUUAUUAAUGAAUAUUAGUAGAUCAAAAUUAUAUAAGGAUUUACUAACUAUUAAUGGAGAACGUUGCAGCACCUUUAGAGAAUCAGUGGAAAAACGGGGAUUGCUACAAAGUGACAAUAGUUUGCUUGAAUGCCUGUCAGAAGCAGCAAGUUACCAGAUGCUAUACAGUUUGAGACGUUUAUUUGCUACAUUACUGAUUUACUGUAAUCCUACGAAUCCAAGACAACUCUGGGAACAAUUUGAACAGCAUAUGUCCGAGGAUUAUACGUUGGUAUCCAAUAUUAACAAAACAAAUAUUCGAUACCAAGUUUUGAACCAUAUUAACGACAUAUUACACUCUAUGGGUGGUGACAUAAAUGAAUACCACCUCAUUACUGAAACAAUAAGGCCUUCAGUAGCGGCAAAAGAGGUACACUUUGAAAGGACCAUCACGGUGACUAAUGAGGAUAUACUAUUACACAAAAUGUUGAAUAAAGAUCAACUUAAAGCAUACAAUAUAAUUACAAAGAGAAUUUUUUCAAACAAAGCUGGAGCAUUCUUCAUUGACGGACCUGGAGGAACAGGGAAAACCUUUUUAUAUCGUGCAUUGUUGGCAACUGUACGAUCUAAAGGGUAUAUAGCAUUGGCAACUGCCACUUCCGGUGUAGCUGCAUCUAUACUCCCUGGUGGACGAACUGCACAUUCACGUUUUAAAAUACCAAUAAAUACUGACGACAAUGUGAGCUGCAACAUCAGCAAACAAAGCUCACUUGCCUGUUUGAUUCAGGAUACAAAAUUAAUUAUAUGGGAUGGAGUAUCUAUGGUGAAAAAAAAGAAUGAUUGA